CAUAAUGAGUGGCCGUGGAAAGGGAGGUAAAGGACUCGGAAAAGGAGGCGCCAAGCGUCACCGUAAAGUUCUCCGUGAUAACAUCCAGGGAAUCACCAAGCCCGCUAUCCGCCGCCUAGCUCGCCGCGGUGGCGUCAAGCGUAUCUCCGGGCUCAUCUACGAGGAGACCCGCGGUGUGCUCAAGGUUUUCCUGGAGAAUGUCAUCCGUGAUGCCGUUACCUACACCGAGCACGCAAAGAGGAAGACUGUGACCGCCAUGGAUGUGGUGUACGCUCUCAAGAGGCAGGGCCGCACUCUUGUUAAACACGAAGAAACUAAUUUAACCGCGAUGGCAAGAACCAAGCAGACCGCUCGUAAGUCCACCGGAGGAAAGGCUCCCAGGAAGCAGCUUGCAACCAAAGCUGCCCGUAAGAGCGCCCCAGCCACCGGCGGAGUUAAGAAGCCUCACCGCUACAGGCCCGGAACCGUGGCUCUGCGAGAGAUCCGCCGCUACCAGAAAUCCACCGAGCUGCUGAUCCGCAAGCUGCCCUUCCAGCGCCUGGUCAGGGAAAUCGCUCAGGAUUUCAAGACCGACCUGCGCUUCCAGAGCUCCGCCGUCAUGGCUCUGCAGGAGGCCAGCGAGGCUUACCUGGUGGGUCUCUUCGAGGACACCAACCUAUUUAAUACUGAUAUCACAAUGAGUGGCCGUGGAAAGGGAGGUAAAGGACUCGGAAAAGGAGGCGCCAAGCGUCACCGUAAGGUUCUCCGUGAUAAUAUCCAGGGAAUCACCAAGCCCGCUAUCCGCCGCCUGGCUCGCCGCGGCGGCGUCAAGCGUAUCUCCGGGCUCAUCUACGAGGAGACCCGCGGUGUGCUUAAGGUUUUCCUGGAGAAUGUCAUCCGUGAUGCCGUCACCUACACCGAGCACGCAAAGAGGAAGACUGUGACCGCCAUGGAUGUGGUGUACGCUCUCAAGAGGCAGGGCCGCACGCUGUACGGCUUCGGCGGUUAAAUCUACCAGCUCCUUAAAACAAACAAACGGCUCUUUUAAGAGCCACCCAAACUUCUUAAAAGAGA